UGGCUGUUAUUUUCAAGGUUGAGGAAGCUGUUGUGCUGGAAAUGAGUAAUCACAAUCGCGCAGGCAGCAAUAUGCGAUUCAUAUCAGCUGCCCCAUCUCUGAAACUACUUGAAUUAAGUGACGACGAAGCAGACGACGUCCAUUUCAAGAGGGCAUGGCUGAUAUUUUUCUGGGCAAGAGCUGUAAUCCAUGGUGUGGAAAAUGACAUUGCUGAAGAUCGACUUCAAUAUUGGAUCAGCCGCACUGGCCGGCCGACGUUGCAAGAUGCUGUCACUGCCAGACAAGAUAUGUUGCAGCUGAGGGAGUUGGAGAUAGAGCUACAGCAGUAA